GAUUCAUCUCUAGUUCUCUACUUGAUUGCUCCUCCCCGUCUCUCAUUUAACAUAGACCUCCGCUAUUGAGGAUGUGGAACUCACGCAAAGUCGGCGUCCUUGGCGGCGGCCAGCUCGGCCGCAUGUUCGUCGAAUCUGCCAACAGACUCAACAUUCAAUGCAACAUCCUCGAUGCGGAGAACUCCCCAGCCAAGCAGAUCAGUGCCCACGACGACCAUGUCACCGGCUCAUUCAAGGAACGCGAGGCCGUUCGGGAAUUGGCUAAAAAGUGCGACGUCAUCACGGCGGAAAUCGAGCACGUUGACACCUAUGCCCUCGAGGAGAUUGCGUCGCAGGUCCAAAUUGAGCCGAGUUGGCAGGCUAUUCGCACGAUUCAAAACAAGUUCAACCAGAAGGAGCACCUUGCAAAACAUGGAAUUCCCAUGGCGGAGCAUCGUGAGCUUGUGGAAAACACCCCGGAGCAAUUGGCUAAGGCUGGUGAAGAGUUGGGAUACCCGUUGAUGUUGAAGUCAAAGACCAUGGCUUACGAUGGACGCGGUAAUUACCGUGUCAACUCGAAAGACGAUAUCCCCGAUGCGCUGGAGUUCCUCAAAGGCCGCCCAUUAUCGCAGGAACUCGCUGUAAUGGUUAUCAAAACCAAAGACGCCGUUCUCUCCUACCCCACCGUCGAAACUGUCCAAGAAGACUCUAUCUGCAAGCUCGUCUAUGCGCCCGCACGUAACGUUCCGGAACACAUCAACCAAGCCGCGCAGAAGCUCGCGCGCAAGGCCGUCGCAACCUUCGAAGGCAAGGGCGCCUUUGGCGUCGAAAUGUUCCUCAUGAACGAUAACAGCCUGCUCCUCUGCGAACUCGCUUCCCGCGUACACAACUCAGGUCACUACACCAUCGAGGGCACCGCCCUUUCCCAAUUUGAUGCCCAUCUCCGCGCGAUCCUCGACCUGCCCAUCCCCCCAGAGAGCCUGCAACUCCGCCAACCCUCGAUCAUGCUCAACAUAAUCGGUGGCUCCGCGCCGGAUACGCACCUCAAAGCUGCCGAGGCCGCCCUCUCUAUACCCAACGCUUCAAUUCACCUCUACAGCAAGGGCGAUGCCAAACCGGGCCGCAAGAUGGGCCACGUCACCGUCACCGCAUCGACAAUGCACAAGGCCGAGGAAUAUAUUCAACCGCUCAUUGACGUCGUCGACGAAAUCCGCUCCCAGCGCCAAGACAUCAAAACGAAUCCCGCUCCCUCGGGCGUUACUAAGCCUCCCCCGCAGGUCGCAGUGAUGAUGGGCUCGGACAGUGACCUCAAAACCCUUGUGCCUGGUCUGAAGUUGCUCCGGGAUAAAUUCGGCAUUGAACCUGCCGUUGAUAUCACAUCCGCCCACCGCACGCCUACCUUCAUGGCAGAAUACUCUGCCUCCGCUGCGGCCCGGGGUAUCAAAGUCAUCAUUGCUGCCGCUGGCGGCGCCGCGCAUCUACCUGGUAUGGCUGCAGCGCAUACGGCACUCCCUGUCAUCGGUGUCCCAGUUAAGGGCUCAUCGUUGGAUGGAGUGGAUAGCUUGUACAGUAUUGUGCAGAUGCCUAGAGGUGUCCCCGUUGCAACGGUCGGUAUCAACAAUAGCAUCAACGCUGCGCUCCUGGCAGCGCGGAUCAUUGGCGCGUUUGACCCGGAUGUCCAGCGGAAGGUUGAGGAGUACGCCGAGGAUGCUCGGAAGGAGAACAUGGAUAUGAAAAAUGUAAAGAUGCAGGAUUUGGGGUGGGAGAAGUACUUCAAUCAGAUGUAA